AACCGCCCCCAAAUCUCGCCUAAUUCCCGUCGCUCUCCCCCGCGAAACCCUAGCGCGCGACGCGGCCGCGGCCAUGGACGGGAUCGACGCGGAGCUCGCGCGCGCGCAGGAGGAGCGCCGGAGGCUGGAGGAGGCCCUGGCGGCCGGCGCCCCCAUGGCCGCCUCCUUCGUCACCUUCGACAAGGACCUCUACGGCGGGGGCGGCGGCUUCGCCGGCUACGACACCUCCAUCCCGGCCUCCGAGGACGACGACGCGCCCGAGGACGCCGAGCCAGCCGCCAACCCCGCCGCGCGCCGCCUCGCGUCCUACACGGGCCACGCCGUCGCCGCGGCCGCCGACGUCACCGGGUCGGGCGACGACGGCGGGCCCCCCUCCGCCAGCAAGCCCCGGCGCAUCAUCGACCGCGAGGACGACUACCGCCGCCGCCGCCUCGACCGCGGCCUCUCGCCGGAGCGCCACGACGCGUUCGCCGCGGGCGAGGCCACCCCGGCCCCCUCCGUCCGGACCUACGGCGACGCCAUGCGCGAAGCCAGCGCGCUGCAGGAGAGGGAGCGCACGCUGCGGGAGAUCGCCAGGAAGAAGGAGGGGGAGAGAGCCAAGGAGGAGAAGGCGGCGCCUCAGCCACCGCCAGCCGCGUCGACAAAACGGCGCAAUAGGUGGGAUCAGUCGCAGGAGGGCGAUGCUGCAGCUGCUGCCGGGGCCAAGAAGAAGGCCAGGACAGACUCAGAUUGGGACGCCCCUGAUGCAACUCCUGGAAUUGGGCGCUGGGACGCCACCCCUGGGCGUGUCGGGGAGGCGACGCCCUCUGUGAGGAGGAACCGGUGGGAUGAGACGCCGACUCCAGGGAGGAUGGCUGAUGCCGAUGCAACUCCGGCAGCUGGUGGCAUUACCCCAGGAGCAGGAGCCACCCCUUCUGGGGCAUGGGAUGCUACUCCUAAGCUCCCUGGUGGGCUUGCCACGCCAACGCCCAAGAAGCAGAGGUCGAGGUGGGAUGAGACUCCGGUUAGUAUGGGGAAUGCAACACCCAGUGGCACGGCAGCGACACCGUUUGGAGGAGAGAACCUUGCCACGCCGACACCUGGCCACCUUGCUGCUGUCCCGAUGACUCCGGAGUAUUACCAUCUCCUGCGGACGGAGCGGGACAUCGAGGAGCGAAACAGGCCUCUCACUGACGAGGAGCUUGACGCCAUGUUCCCGACGCAGGGAUACAAGAUUCUUGAGCCUCCAGCUUCGUACCAGCCCAUACGCACGCCUGCAAGGAAGCUGCUUGCUACACCAACGCCUCUGAGCACACCAUUGUAUGCUAUUCCCGAGGAGAAUCGUGGGCAGCAAUUUGAUGUGCCCAAGGACUUGGGUCCUGGGUUGCCACUCAUGAAGCCAGAGGAUAUAGAGUUCUUUGGGAAGUUGCUGAAUGAGGAUGACGAGGAGCAGCUGACGCCAGAGGAGCGGAAGGAGAGAAAAAUCAUGAAACUCCUGCUCAAGGUGAAGAACGGCACGCCCCCGCAGCGAAAGGCGUCACUUAAGCAGCUCACGGACAAAGCACGUGAAUUUGGUGCUGGCCCGCUGUUCAAUGGAAUCCUGCCAUUGCUCAUGCAGCCAACGCUUGAGGACCAGGAGCGGCAUCUCCUGGUGAAGGUCAUUGACAGGGUGCUGUAUAAGCUGGAUGAGCUGGUCCGUCCAUUUGUGCACAAGAUUCUUGUAGUUAUCGAGCCACUUUUGAUUGAUGAGGAUUACUACGCUCGUGCUGAGGGCAGGGAGAUUAUCUCAAAUCUUAGCAAAGCUGCUGGUCUUGCUACUAUGAUUGCCGCCAUGAGACCGGAUAUUGAUAACAUUGACGAGUAUGUGAGGAAUACAACUGCUAGGGCAUUCAGUGUGGUGGCUUCUGCUUUGGGUAUCCCCGCCCUCCUCCCAUUUUUGAAGGCUGUUUGUCAGAGUAAGAAGUCCUGGCAAGCUCGACACACUGGUAUCAAGAUUGUUCAGCAGAUUGCUAUUCUCAUGGGCUGUGCCGUUCUGCCUCACCUUAAGAACCUAGUUGAGAUCAUUGAGCAUGGUCUAACUGAUGAGAACCAGAAAGUGCGGACAAUCACUGCUCUCUCUCUUGCUGCACUUGCUGAAGCUGCUGCGCCCUAUGGUAUAGAAAGUUUUGAUAGUGUGUUGAGACCUCUCUGGAAGGGUACCAGAUCUCACAGUGGAAAGGUCCUUGCUGCCUUCUUGAAGGCUAUUGGUUUCAUCAUCCCUCUUAUGGAUGCUGAGUAUGCCAGUUUCUACACGAAGGGUGUGAUGCCAGUCUUAACCAGAGAAUUCAAGUCCCCAGAUGAAGAGAUGAAGAAGAUUGUCCUGAAGGUUGUGAAGCAGUGUGUCAGCACAGAGGGUGUACAGGCUGAUUAUAUCCGGAGGCAGUGUCUCAUCAGCACAGAGUGUUUAGAUCCUGGUUGUAUCCGGAAUCACACCGUCCUUUCAGCGUUCUUCAAACACUUCUGGGUUAGGAGAAUGGCUCUAGAUCGUAGGAACUAUAAGCAACUUGUGGAAACAACAGUAGAGAUGGCAAACAAGGUGGGAGUUACUGAUAUCGUUGGGAAGGUUGUUGAGGAUCUGAAAGAUGAGAGUGAGCCUUACAGGAGAAUGGUGAUGGAAACAAUUGAGAAGGUGGUGGCUAACUUGGGUGCCUCGGAUAUUGAUCCUCGCCUGGAGGAGCUGCUUAUUGAUGGCAUCCUGUAUGCUUUCCAGGAGCAGACAAGUGAUGAUGCAAAUGUCAUGCUUAAUGGCUUUGGAGCUGUUGUGAAUGCGCUCGGCCAGAGGGUCAAGCCUUACCUUCCGCAGAUAUGUGGUACCAUCAAGUGGCGGUUGAACAACAAGAGUGCAAAAGUUAGGCAGCAAGCUGCUGAUCUGAUCUCAAGGAUAGCUAUUGUGAUGAAGCAGUGCCAGGAGGAGCAGCUUAUGGGUCACCUGGGUGUUGUGCUGUAUGAGUACUUGGGGGAGGAGUAUCCUGAGGUGCUGGGUUCAAUUCUCGGAGCAUUGAAGGCUAUCGUGAAUGUUAUUGGCAUGACUAAGAUGACUCCUCCAAUCAAGGAUCUUCUUCCUCGUCUGACCCCCAUCUUGAAGAAUAGGCAUGAGAAGGUCCAAGAGAACUGCAUUGAUCUAGUUGGUAGGAUAGCUGAUCGCGGAGCGGAAUUCGUACCAGCUCGGGAGUGGAUGAGGAUUUGUUUUGAGCUGCUGGAAAUGUUGAAGGCUCACAAGAAGGGUAUCAGAAGAGCCACUGUGAACACAUUUGGUUAUAUUGCCAAGGCAAUCGGGCCUCAGGACGUGUUGGCCACUCUGUUGAACAACCUGAAGGUGCAGGAGCGACAAAACCGUGUUUGCACGACUGUAGCAAUUGCUAUUGUUGCUGAAACUUGCUCGCCGUUCACAGUUCUGCCCGCCCUCAUGAAUGAGUACCGGGUUCCGGAGCUCAAUGUCCAGAAUGGUGUUUUGAAAUCUCUCUCUUUCCUCUUUGAGUAUAUUGGUGAGAUGGGCAAAGAUUACAUAUACGCCGUCGCUCCCUUGCUCGAAGAUGCACUGAUGGACAGGGAUCUGGUUCACAGGCAGACGGCCGCGUCUGCCAUCAAGCAUAUGGCUCUAGGAGUUGCUGGCUUGGGCUGUGAGGAUGCUCUCGUCCAUUUGCUCAACUAUGUCUGGCCCAACAUAUUUGAGACAUCUCCCCAUCUCAUAAAUGCCGUCAUGGAGGCCAUCGAGGGGAUGCGGGUUGCUCUAGGCGCAGCCGUGGUUCUGAAUUAUUGCCUUCAGGGCCUCUUCCAUCCAGCAAGGAAAGUACGCGAAGUAUACUGGAAGAUCUACAACUCGCUGUAUAUCGGCGCGCAGGACGCACUCGUGGCUUCUUAUCCUGCACUAGGCGAUCUUGGAAACAAUGACAUCUUCAGCCGUCCAGAGCUAACCAUGUUCGUGUGAUCAAUCAACGCAGGAUGUACAUGUUCACGUUUGCGUCACACACACAUGCAUUGGAAUGCAUGUGAAGCUUGAACACGGGUGAUAUUUGAAUUAGAGCUCACAUUUUUUUUGAACAAGUGGAGUUCACAUUUAGUUAAUUACUUGGUGUUACUUCUUGCGUCUUAUCUUUUUUUUUUAUUGAAGCUGCAUCUUUUUUUUGUAUUUGCAGGCCUGUUCAUUCCUGAAGGGGGCAAUCUUUAAGAAAUACUAACUCUUGUGUAAGUAAUAUAAGAUCGUUUAGAUCACUACUUUAGUGAUCUAUAAACGAUGUUACAUUACUUUACAGAGGGAGUACAUUUUUUGCUGGUCUGCUGUACUGCUAAAAAGUAUUGCUAAAAUCCGGUGCGCUAACAGUUUUUGAAUUGUUGUGUUUUUCAGGAUGUUUCGGUCCGAGUGUGCCGAAGAGUGUGAUCUGGAUCUGGGACCGGGCAUCGAUCGCAAGGGCCGAGUGGCGUGUUUACUUCGUUGCGUGUGUGUGUGACCUUUUGUAACUCUAUUCUACUUUGAAGUGUGAAGAUGAGCAUAGGGUGUUAUAUGUAUGAUGUACUAGUGUGGUUGAGGUGACUACUCCUGUUGUCAAGACCUUAUUUCAGUGAUGUUUCUGCAACGCUGUAAAUCAUCAAUGCCCAUGAAGUUACUCGUGCACGCAGUCGAAUCGGUUCUUUUUAGUUGUCUAGUGUUUCCUUA